CUGCAUUUAUUCUGUAAGGUAGUUUCCGAUUUUCAUUUGACUGUUUACCCGGAACUCGAUCAACCUCACCAGUAGUUUAUUUUGAAGGUUUAAUCGGAAGCUUGCCUUGCCAUCCUUUACUUUAACACUAGUGUACCUAUGAAUAUGUCCUUAUUACUAAAAUGAAUAUUCACCCUUUAUGUGGAAAUGAGAGGACAUUAGAGGUAUAAAAUAACAGUUUACAUAACGGGUGCUGUUAUUUAUUUUCCUGGAAGAAUCCUAGCCCUAGCUAGCAAGAAGCUGCCGAUAGCUGUGGAUGCUAACAGGCUAGGCUAACUUCAUCACGUUCUGAGGGGCGUGCCGAGUCGAGCCAGGCCGAGCUGAGUAAGCUGAACUGUCUGGUCUUUUAACGCUCUUUUUGUCAACAAGUGCCCUGGACAGAUUCAACACCCACACCACUGUUUAUUUCCUGGUGCAAGCAUCCUGUCGACAUGGACAAUCUCAGUGACGCCCUGGAGAAGCUGAAACUUGCAUCGACGGACAGCACAACAGACAGCGUGGAGAGCUGCCUGGACUGCCUGCUGAAAGCGCUCGUCAACAAUAACACAGAGGCUAGCGCAAAGAUUCAGGAAAUGGGCGUCCUUCCAAUGCUGCCCACUAUGCUAACCCCGCAGUCAACUUGCACCCCAAAAGUCGCUAACAUCAUUGCAGAGAUGGCAAAAAACGAGUUCAUGCGCAGUGCCUGCGUUGAAGCUGGCCUCAUCCCGCCUCUCAUUCAGCUGCUAAACUCAACCGAUCAAGAAGUUCUACUGCAGACAGGACGAGCCCUCGGCAACAUCUGUUACGAUAGUCAUGAGGGCAGGAUCGCGGUUGACCUGGCAGGAGGGGCUCAAAUAGUAGCUGAACACAUUAAAACCCUCUCCCAAAAUACCGAAGUGGCAAACGAGAAGCUCUUGACAGUCUUUUGUGGCAUGCUGACGAACUAUAGCAAUGAUAACGAUUCCUUACAAGGUCAGCUAAUCGGCAUGGGUGUCAUUCCCACUCUGGUGAAGCUCCUAGGCGUCCAUUCUCACAACACUGCUCUGACCGAAAUGUGUCUCAUCGCCUUUGGGAACUUAGCCGAGCUAGAGUCAAGCAAAGAGCAGUUUGCAUCCACCAACAUUGCAGAAGAGCUGGUUUGUCUUUUUCAGAAGCAAACAGAGCACGAGAAGAAAGAAAUGAUUUUUGAGGUUUUGGCUCCUCUGGCAGAAAAUGACGUGAUCAAGUUGCAGCUGGUGGAGGCGGGCUUGGUAGAGUGUCUCCUAGAGGUGGUGGCCCAAACUAUAGAUGGAGAACGAGAGGAAGAGGUGGCCCAGUUGAAGACAGCCUCUGACCUAAUGGUGCUCUUGCUGCUGGGAGAUGAGUCCAUGCAAAAGUUGUUUGAGGGCGGAAAAGGGAGCGUCUUUCAGAGAGUUCUCUCCUGGAUACCGUCUCAUAACCACCAGCUACAACUAGCCGGGGCUCUUGCUAUUGCUAAUUUUGCCCGCAACGAUGGUAACUGUAUCCACAUGGUGGACACCGGUAUCGUACAGAAGCUACUGGAACUGCUUGACCGCCACGUUGUGGAAGGCAACGUCACCGUGCAACACGCAGCUCUUAGCGCACUACGAAAUCUAGCCAUACCUGUUGUGAACAAAUCCAAGAUGCUAUCUGCUGGAGUGGCCGACGUGGUGUUGAAGUUCUUGCAGUCCGAGAUGCCGCCGGUCCAGUUUAAACUCUUGGGGACUUUACGUAUGCUUAUUGAUACACAAGUGGAGGCAGCGGACCAGCUCGGCACCAACGCGAAGCUGGUGGAGCGUCUGGUGGAGUGGUGCGAAGCUAAAGAUCACGCCGGGGUGAUGGGAGAGUCCAAUCGACUUCUUUCUGCUCUGAUUCGACAUAGCAAGUCCAAGGUAAGACAUCAGGAGGUGGUCAAGAUAGUCAUCCAGGGAGAUGGAGUCAAGCACUUGGUAACCAUGGCAACCAGCGAGCACAUCAUUAUGCAGAACGAGGCGCUGGUGGCGCUGGGCCUUAUUGCUGCACUUGAUUUGGUUGCAGCUGAGAAGCACUUUGUGGCUGCCGACCUCGUCGCAGUUCUUCACAAGCUUUUGUCUGAUGAAAGGAGUGCACCCGAAAUUAAAUAUAACUCCAUGAUCCUCAUUUGUGCAGUCAUGGGAUCUGAGCCUCUCCACAAAGAAGUCCAGACCCGUGCGUUCAUCAAUGUGGUCUCCAAGCUCCGUUCGCACGAAAACAAGACUGUGUCGCACCAGGCUUCUCUCACUGAGCAACGGCUAACCGCCCAGAGCUAGAAUGCUUACCCAGCUCCACUCCUAUUAAUGCCUGCACCUACUUUACCUUGUACCCCCCCUACCCCUCUUAUCGUCGUCAUGUGCCAAGGUACCAUGUUGCAUUAUCAACCAAACAGUCCGACACAUUUAUAUAUAAUGUAGAGCAUAAUGAAAAAAAUAAAUUAGAAGCUGUAGGAACACCACUACACUAAAAGCCAUAAUAAUGAGGUUUAUUUAUUUGGGUGAUGCGUUCAAAGGUCCUUCAUAAAAAGACUGUCACUCUUUACUUGUGCAUGCAACGCAAUAUACACGACCAUAGCUGUGACGCCAUUUUGCCCAACGCCAUGAAUGACGUGGCUCAAUGUGUCUCCAUAUUAAAUAUACAACUGCAUGUUCUUUUUUUCCUGUCUUUUGAAACCCAAUACUUUUUCCAGUGUUCUAAAACAACUGAUGUAGGGUCUACAGAUUUAGGGCAAGGAAGUGCGAAUGCCAAACACAAGUUGAUUAGUCAUGUCUAGUUAACAUAUUCCCCCAUAUAGUGGCCACAAUAGAGAGUAGCUGGUGACUGUUUGUAUAUUUUUUUAAUAUUAACAACCUAAUAUUAACUUCUUCUUUUUUUAAAAUCACCCAAAUUAAUUAAUUUGAUUAAAAUCAAUUUAUAAACAUGUAUUGUCAUUUUAUCAAAUAAACUCCAAUAAAAAUUGAUAUAAUAGUGUCUGAACUAUCUUUCCAAUAGUGUCCAAAUAAAUGUGAUUUAAUUAAAUAUACAAAUAUAUUGUCACAAAUAAAAAGUAGGCUUCACCAUAGUUUCUUUUCAUUAUUUUUUUUUCCAAAAUAAGUGUUAUUGAAUUAAAUAUAAUUAAUCCAAACAUACUGUAUAUACAUUUAUAAAUGUUUUCCCAAAUCAACUAUAUUAUUACUAAUUUUUCAGAAUUUUUAUUUAUUAAUAAAGUAUAUACAUAUAAAACAGCAUAACCAUCCAAAUGAAAGCGGUAUUCCCAAUUUUUAUUUUUCUAUUUUUCCAAAGUUGAUUAUAAUUUAUUUUAAAAUGUCUUAUGAAAAAAAAUAUACAUUUCUUAAAUUAUUUCCCCCUUCUGUUUUUUUUUUACCAGUUUAAAAUAUAAAACCAAGUAUCUCCAAUUUUGUACCAUUUUGUUUUAUUAUUACAGUUUUUCACAAAUGUAUUAUAUUUAGAUAAAACUAAUCUAUAAAAAAAUAAUUCAAAAGUAUUGAAAUAAAAAAACCGAAUCAUGAUUAAUUACCAAAUAAUAAAACCGUGUAUCUCCAUUUUUUGUGUGCAUGUGUUUGUUUGGAUAGAAACAAAAUUGUAAAAACAAGAUUUGUCAUAUAUAAUAUGAUUGAUGAAUAAUAAAAUAUAACAUCUUAGUUAGUGAGAUGUGUAUUCAUUAUUUCAUUAACGAUAAAAACUCAAUGUCAGCAUCAACUUCAGCUUUACAGAUGCCAGGAGGUCAUUACAGGCCACUAUUUGAGGAAAUCUGGAAACUGGGAUUAGAUUAUUUUUGUUUCAGUAUAGGACAAGAUUGAACUAUAUUUAUGUGUAAUUUGAAUUGUAAAAAACAAAAGCAGCAAGCAGUCGCACACUAAAAAGAAAGUAUGGCAAGUUUUAACAAGUGCGUGCACAUUAGACACAAGGGUCUAAUAUGUUUUAGUUUUUAAGUAUGAAUGUUUCUUUUUCAGUGACAUGAGAUGCAUCCAUAGUAAUACUACCAUGGACAUAAUAUAACAUGUUUGUUGUAAAUGUUUAAAAUAAGACAAAAAUAAUUGUACAUUUGGAUGAUUGUAACUCACAUAACAGAUAAUUAAAAGAUGAUAGCCA